AUGGGUGGAGACGGUCCGGCAUGGAAAAGAGAAAUCGUCCCAGACCACAAGUUCGACUUUGUCGACACUCGCGAGUUCACUGACAACAGUUUCUUGAUGCGCAUGAAGUAUCUAUGGUUGUAUAUUGUCAUCCUCAAGUCAUUCCUCGUCUAUGUUGGCGACAUCUUCACGGCGACAACCAUGUUAAGCCCUGGCGUCAAGUCAUGGUCCAAUCAAAUAUAUAACGACUGUGCUACUCAAUCGACCGGGUGUUUCUUCAUCCCCUUUGGCGUUGGUAGAUGGCUAUUUGUGGGGUGCAUCAUCUUUGGUUUCUUACUGGCAAGCUGUACCCUUUGUUUCUUCCUUGCAUACGAAGCCCGGAAAUCGAAGAGGAUUAUCGCUAGUCGUGACAUCUCGUACGCAUUCACGAACAUAAUGGCCAACCACUACUAUUCCCUUCGAUCCUAUGAUCACUUUUGUUUCUUCGAUCAUAUCAGUAACUCCACCAAAAAGAAGGAUGAUUUUGCUUUCUUCAUCUUCUUUACGUUCAAGAGCUGGAAACGCCUUCUGCUAUCGGAUGCACCCCGUCAAACCAUCAAUGCCCUGACUCUUUACAGUAUAUAUCUUGCCAAAAAGGAUGAUGGCAAUCCGUGGGACCUGACCAUAUAUUUCAAAGGAAACAGCAGCUUUUCAACCACCGCCCUCACUGUGACAACGUUUUUCACAGUCGUCAUAUUCGCUGGUUCGCUGCUAUUGCUCAUUGCCGCUGGCAUAUUCUACAUCCCCCUUCUGUGCUACAUCCAGGGUAACUUGAAGGAAUAUAUUUGUCACAAGGUUGACAAGCGUAUAGCUGAAGUCAUCAAAAGGCGAAACAAAGAACGUCUUGCUAAAGCUGCCGAGCUAGCUAAGAAAGAAGCUAUGGGCGAUUACUCGCACCUCAAGAAUAAGAAGGGAGAAUUGAUCGCGCAACCAUUGCCGCAACCUACGCUUCCGAACCUGUCCGUUGACGACGAUGACUUUGACGUAGCGUCUUACAAGAAGCCCAAACCCUCAUAUGCUCACUCGGACUAUUACUAUGGAUCGGACCAGCAGAGUAUUGCCCCUAGUUAUCACACUUCACCACCAGUCGACUACUCGAAUUACCCCCCUAUGCCCGGAUACGCAGCGGAGUACGGCUAUCACGGGUACGAUGAUGAUCAAGGCAGUACCGUGAACCUUGCCGCUGCCGCUGCACCUGUCGCAUACCAGUCGUAUGGCGCUGACAACUACAACGCAUAUGGCAGCACAGGUGUUGCCGCCAACUAUGUUGCUGAUCCCCAUGACGUCUAUGGCGGUCGAGUAUCACCUCAUUCAGUUCAGCAGGACUAUUCUGCUCAGCAUUAUGGGUAUAACCCCCAUGAUUACAACCCACACGAGUACGGGCAGGACGCGUAUCAUCCAGGGCACCCAGAGCAGAAUCAUGGGUCAUUCGGACAAGCCAUGUAG